AAGCCACCUCCAACGUCAUUUUAGAGAAAUUUGCAGUACGUCCAACCGGCCUCACAACCACAGAACAUGUGUAACCAGGCCAGCCCAGGACCUAGACAUCUGCCUUCUUCACCUGCGGGAUCGUCUGAGACCAGCCACACGGACAGCUGAUGAAACAGGAGUAUUUCUAUCUGUAAUAAUGCCUGUUUGUUGGGAAAAACUCAUUCUGAUUGGCUGAGCCUGGCUCCCCAAUGGGUUGACCUAUGCCCUCCCAUGGCUGCCCCCCUGCCCAGUCAUUAACUCCAUAGAUUAGGACCUAAUGAAUGUAUUUCAAUUGACUGAUUUCCUUAUAUGAACUGAAAAUGUUGCAUGUUGCAUUUAUAUUUUUGUUCAGUAUACUUUACCUUCACAAAGCACUCGUUUAAGGACAGGUUGUGCCUCACGCUGUUCCUCCAGCCCUGGCCCUGACCCCCCGACCCCCGGGCCUUGAAGUAGGGGAACCGCUCCUCCAUGGCACUGUAGAUAGAGGCUAGGUUGAGCUUCAGAGAGGAGGAGAGGAUGACUUUGGCGAUCAGGGCGACGUAGGAGAGCGAGGGCUUUGUAGAGGGAUCUGGAUCUCCAUGUAUUGUGUCCUCUCCCUCACGAGUUUUGUUUCUGUCUGAGGGCUCGGACUGAAUGUCACCCGGCAGACUGGAUGUUUCUGUGGGGAUGUCCUCGCAAACAGUGCUGAGGUCUGUCUUGAGGACCUCACUCUUUACUGGAACAGUGUCAGGGUCUCUGACUGACCCUGACCACAGGUCUUCCAUCUCUGUCUCCUUGGAAAUUACUCCACCUACCUUUACCUCUCUGAACAUCCCUUCUACUGGCUGGACUUCUAACUUCUCUUUCUCUGUGUCCAUAUCUGUUUGUUUGUCGUGAAUUUCAGUUGUCAGCUUUGCAGUACAAGAGUGUCUUUAGAGAACAUUCCUACAUGCUGUCUGGUAUUAGUAGAAAGGCAUUUCUGCUUUUGGCUACCUGUGUUUCUUGUGAUGGUUUGAUCGGUUUGAGUCUUUUAUAGCUACUUUCUUCUUAACCACAUUCAGUCCCUGCAUGAUUUGGGUUGGGCAUGCCACAUUCUCACAGAUAAAAGGUACACUCUGAUGAAACAUUCAUCAUCAAAAAGGAAACUGUACAUAGUGAAUUCUGAUAAGAUGCUAGGUGGUCAUUGUUUGCCAUUUUGAGUUGCACAAUGGGGUUAACCCUUAAAGAAUGUUAUUUCUGAUAAGGCUAAGUAUGUUAUGUUCUGCAGAGUGCAGAAUUUUGGACAUUAUGAUAGAAAAAAAAAGGCUUUUCAUAUUUGAAACAUUUUGGGGCGUGUUGGCAGUUAACCUGAAGUGUCUAUAAGGAGUAUCAUCUUCAAAUCAAACAUGUUUUAUCCAGUAUUUAAUACACGAUUAACCCUUCAACCCUUAUUAGGAGAAGUUGAAGAACAUUACUUUCCACAUAGGAAACAACAAACUAUCAUAGAAAACGUUGUUUUGGUUUGAAUAUAGUCUUUUGUGACAGCGCACACAUGAGAUCUGGUUCUCGGUCUCGAGAUUAGUUGGAAUCAAAUAGGGAAGUUAGUUGAAAUCAGCCUAUAAUUCCAAUGUAUUACUAUGUAUAUCAUUGUUGCAAAGUAGUGUCUCAAAGAAGAGGCAUUGAGAUGAUAUGUUCUCAGUAUCUCCUGAGCCCACACUGCAUAGUUGAAGUCCCUUCUGACCUAUUUAUAGUGCUGGCACUUGCUACAAUGUCAUCUGUAACUCGAAUCCAUCUGUUUAGUCACAGCAUGUUGAAUGUCAGUUGCCAGAGAAAAGCAGAGAACUCGGCUCUGCGAUUCCCCUUCACUCUGUCACUAGACAGCCCAAUGGCUGUGGUCGAACCAAUACCCACCGCGGUCAGCAGCCUCCUGGGUGUCCCAGGUCUUAUCACCUGGGUUGGGGAUGAGGCGAACAACGCGGAGGUGAUCGGUGGCAUCAGGCCCAAGUCCUCUCCUCUUCCACGGAGAAGGAGCGCCAAUGACUUAAAGGACUGUGAGCUCGAGCUCACCCCAUUCAGCUCUCGGAGAGUGUCCUUUGCGGACGCCCUCGGCCUAAACCUGGUAAAAGUGAAAGAGUUUGACUCGUGGGACAUAACAAUCCCGCUGAACUUCAAUGCCAUGGAGGGAGAGAAAGAGGUAGAGGAAUACUACUUGUCCUCAUUAUACACUCCUUCACCAUCCCAAGAAGCCAUGGUCCUGAGAGUUCAGGAGCAGAAGCUAGAGCUGGAGAGUAUUGAGUUACUCCACCAGACUACAAUACUAAGGGGGGUGGUCCGCGUUCUCAAUCUCUCCCUUGAUAAGAUGGUGUACAUCCGCACCUCUCUGGAUGCCUGGGCCACGCACUUUGACCUGCUGGCAGAGUACAUACCAGGGUCCAGCGAUGGAGACACUGACUGCUUCUCAUUCAAGCUCACCCUGGUGCCCCCCUUUGGGGAAAAGGGGGCCAGAGUGGACUUCUGUCUCCGGUAUGAGACCCCUGUUGGGACUUUCUGGGCCAACAAUAGUGACCAGAACUAUGUGAUGUUUUGUCACCAGAAAAUCAAGGAGUCGAAAGAGAAACCACCAAAAGACAAAAGCGGGCGCAGGAAAAGCAUCCUGAAAGCCAUCAGUUAUGAGUUUCCCUGUGAUGAAAACUGGUCGUCGACCAAUGCUGAAUCUUCAGACCUACACAACCGUGGAGGAAAGAUGGCUAGUGUGAACACUUCUGAGUCUCAGUCAGGAGCACUCCAAGAUGAUCGUCAGAAAUUAAUGGUUGAGAGCAGCCGGAACUCCAGCAGAAGAAACCGACGAAAGGCAGCACGAUUGGCGAAGGUGCGGGACUACCUCACCCAGAGAGAGGAUGAGACCCAAGAGAAAGAGAAGGGAGCAGUGGAAUCAUCACAGAUCCCACAGGAAAGCACAUUCCCACAGGAAAAGCUUUCAAAUAGGCCUGAGGUACAACCACUGCCACCACAGGGCAGGAAAGGGUUUGGGCUGCAGGCAACAGAUUCUCUGUCUACGUGCAAACUGUCUCCUGGUAUCCCAGACAGCACGUCUUGGCAGGAGUCAGUGAAACCUGAGAAAAUAGACCCAACGUUCCGAUCAGCCCCAUCAGAGCUGAGAGGGAAACAGGCCUCACUGAUCCCCAGCAGCAAGCCAGAUUCAACUGAUCAACCUGCUGCUGUGAGCCAAAAUGGUGAUACGUCUGUUUCCAGUGUGGAGGGAAGUACUCUGAUGCAGAUGGAAACGGAGAAGGGGGGAUCUGCCAUCAGCACAGACAUAAUACAUUCAGAUGACAUUGUCAGGUUGGAGAACAGCACAGCAGGCUCAGUCCCAGGCAGCCAGUACAAUAGCUUUAUGUUUGGUAAUGUUGUGGCCCCACCAUACUGUCAGGGGUUUUGUAGAGUGGAGAGUGGGAGUCCGAGCUUCACCCAUAGAGGGAAUCGAACAAGUGGUCAAUUGCAUGAAUGGGAUUCAACAGCCUGCACAGCCCAGAGUUACCCAUCCACAGAGGAAGUAGAAACUCACUCCUGUGUUUCAGCUGAUACUCGUGGAACACCUGAAGAGAAGCCUGUAUAUCAACACGGGUCACUUAAAUCAAACCCAGAACACUUCAGCUCUGGAUUAAGUACAGAAAGAGAGUCUAAACCUAAACUUCUGUCAGAAGAGGCAGGAGGUCUUCUCAGGACUCACACUGCCCUGAACACUGCUGCUGCUCUCAGGGCACAAAUCCUCAAUGUGAGCUCAGGCCUCCAGGGGUCUGAGGAGAACAUUCUGCCUCCUCAGACCCAGAUGCACCAGGACAGUAAGCUUUCACAAACACAAAUCCCAUUACCAAACACAACACCUUCACAAACUCCAGUAGACACAGCACUUUCACAAACACAAACUCUGAUAGACGCAACACAAGGCAGUUUCCUACAGUCACAAACUGAAAUGGGGUCAAAGCAUGUCUCUGCUGAGAUGACUCUGCAGGGGGCCAGUUGUGGAUAUGAGAGACCUGAUGAGUCAGAUGAAAUGGAGAACCCUCUCUCAGCCAACACAGAUGAAUGGUCAACAAGCCCAUUCACAGAAAUAGUAGACACACGUAUAGCCAUGCUAGAGCCUGUGGAUGCUGACCUAAAAGUUUUCACUUCAACGACAGAGACAGAGGAAAAGAUCACCACUGAGCACCAAAACUUUGCUGUGCCCUGUACGGACACACUGGAGGAAGAAACCAGUGGGACAGCAUUGAAAGAUGAUUCCAUUGUCAUUAAUGAAUGGACAUCAUUGGAGAAAUUAAUGAUGAGAAAACAAACAGAUCAAGUGAAGGAUGAACUAUCAUUUGAAGUGUCAAACACUUUAUGCAAUGAAGACAACCGGCAUUCUAUUGACAACGAGGAUUAUUUUGAUGUAGAUGGAGAGAUGUCAAACUAUGUGAGGUAUGAUUAUGAGAAAGACACUGACAAGGGCUCAAAGUUCAAAGAAGAAGAUAUUCAUAAGGAAGUUGAACUGGUAAUGAUGAACAAUAAUAAGUAUUUAGUUCCUACAAAGAAGGAGAUAGACGCAAGUAAUGGACAACCAUUUCUAAAGAAAAAUCGAAUAGUAAAAGACUGGGAGGGGACUGUGGAAGAGGAAAAGGAGGACAUGAUGGGGGAAUAUGUGGAGGAGGACGAAGGGAAAAUAGAAGAAGAGGAGAUGGUGGUUGGGACAAAGGAGUUGGAGGAGACAGGGGAGGAAGUGAUGAAGGAGAAAGAAGAAAUUAUGAAACGGGAAAAGAUAGAAGGAAUGGUGAAGGAAGGAGAGGUGGUGGUGAAGGGAGAGGGGGAAAUGGAGAAAGAAAUGGAGGAGGUGGUAGUUGAAGAAGAGAUGGAGGAUUUAAAGGAGGAGGAUGUUAAGUGGAUAGAGUGGGAGGAGGAGGAGAUUGUAGAGGAAGAGGAGGAGGAGGAGGAGGAGGAGGAGGAGGAGAUUGUAGAGGAAGAAACUGCAGAUGUAGAAGUAAAGGAAAUUGUAGUAGAUGAUCAAAAUGAGUUGGUAGAUGAGUUUAGCAUGAACAUGGACAAGAUGAAUGAGGGUCAGGGUGGUAAGAGCACAAAUGUAAAGGUCACAGAAAAAUCAAGCUCAGAAGAUAAUACAUUAAUGACAAAUGAAGUGUCAAAUCUUUGCCAAAAAGAAGCUCUCAAUGACGUAAGGCACACCAAGCAUCCUGGAGUUGAAGAAAUGGAAUCAAUCAAUGGAGAAGAAGAGUCCUGCAUUCAAUCGGAUAAAUCUGCCAGUGGGAACGAGGAUGAAGAGGAGGGCGAGGAGGACCAUGCUUCCACAGAGUCUCUGUCAGAGGAUGAGAUGGAGCUGUACAUGCGCAGUCUAAGGGCAGUGCAGAAGAUACGAAACAAGGACUUAGCCUUGAGUCUUGGGAAACGGCCCUCCAUAAGCAGAAGAGGCAGCAAACCGUCCAUGACGUCCAUCAGUGAGUCUAUGGAUGAGGAGCACCCGAGCAACCAGGAAGAUCAGCCAGACACAGAGACAGUGGAGCAUCAGCCUACAAGUACACUGCCCCUAGUGGAGGGAGGGCAGGAUAGCACCAGGAGCAAUAUAAUGUGGUGGAGAGAAUCAUUUUCUUGGCAUAAACCCUCAAAAACACUGUUAAACACCAUCCUGUUUGUAGUGUUCUAUUUUGCUGCAUACCAUUAGGACUUUCUGGUCUGUUUUAGUCUGGCUGGUUUGUCAGGGGGAGAAACAGCCAAUGAUAAUAAAUACAAUAGGUUGAGACCUGUGAAAAUAUAUUUCAGUGUCUAUAAAGUGCACGACAAUUAAGUUUCAUUAUUUGUCAUUAUGCCUCAUCUCUAAAUAUAGCCUCUAAAUAAAUGUUAAACAAUAUAUUUUAAGAAGCACAUGCAGUGGCUGAUAAAGAAAACAGAUCUGGCAGUAAGAAUAGGCUAUAGAUAUAGAUAGUCUUGACCAUUUGGGACCCCUUGGCAAUUUCGCUCAGGACAGGUUACAGCCAAGACUUAAUCAAUAUUUCGUUUUGUCUCAUUUAUUGAUAUGGAUAUAGCCUCUGCGUGAUGGGAUUGUGCAAUGUAAAUGGUUUUAACAAGCCUACAUACAGAGUGGAAUUCAUUAAUACAACAGUCAAAAUGCCUAAUAUAAAGGCCUACAGUCUGUGUUCCCAAAUACUGAAAAAAGUGUGAUUCAUUAGUUUACAUGAUCACUACAGUAGCCCCACGCGGCUAUACAAAUGUAUUAUGCAAUAAUAUUGCCAUUAAAUAACACACAACAGCAUGGCAUAUUCAGAUAGUGGAAUAAGCCUAAAUCAUAUUUACUUUCUAUUUUGCAGCUCGGGCGGUUUUUCUAGACAAGGCUCUUCUGUGUCUUCAUAGUAUCAUUCUCAAACAAGUCAUUUGCUGAAGGCCCAAGCCUAUAGUAUGCCAUCUACCAAUAUAACGUCAUUAUCGAAUUGCGUUCUAAAACAAGCUCUAGACUUUUAUUUUGGAAAUGAAACCGGAAGCUGCAAAGCAUCUCUAACGUCUGGGCUAGAGUUGCGUGAUUGACUAGUUAACUUCGACUAGCUACGUUCGGUUCGGUUCAUGUCCUUUGCAGAUGCCACAUUCCUGACAAAGGUUUGUAUACAUACAAAAGAUCUGUAACCGAGUAAAGGGAGACGUAAUGUAAGAAUUGAUAGAAUUCAUUGUCGUUACAUAGGGUUUGUGCAUUUACAGAUCUAAUUUAACAGUUACGUUCCAUGUGAAAAUAUAUUCCAGUGUCUAAAGUGCUCGACAAUUAAAUUUCAUAAUUUAUCAUUAUGCCUCAUCUGAGACUACAUGUAGAUGACACAAAUGACAAAAGGUAACCAUUUUUGGUAAAAUGAUUUGUGGGUAAAAAGUAGAAUAUAAAUGUUGACACAAAAUAAAGACUUUGAAUUCAGUAUAUUCCUCGUUCUAUUCAGAUUUGAUCAAAAUAAAUGUAUAUAUUUUUUUACAUUCUUAUUAAAAUUAUGUUAACAGGUGAGUAUGUUUUAUAAUUAGCCUAUGAGGGUCAGUUAGUUUAAGGCAGACCCUUCAAUAGAGCACACAAUAUACACAAUAUUAUUUAUCCAAUAUGUUUUGUGACGUUUCUACAUAUUGGCCAUACUACGGUUGCAUCUUGUACAGUACGCUGUUUGAGCACAAACUAGUUCAAAGCCCUGUGUUCAAAUAACUCUUCUUGGCUAUUAAAGUUCUGUAUUAUGUCAUGUUUCAUGUUUCACGUGGACCCCAGGAAGAGUAAUGGGUUAUCCUAAUAAAAUACAGAAUACCCAGUUACAAGGCUGUGGACCAUUGCUUGGUGUGAUUACUGUUAACAACUUUUAUUGCUUUAUUUUAUUUGGUGUAAAUGAAGCUGAUUUUAGAUGUAUUUUGUACCAAUGCCUCCAGAUUCAUAAUAGCCAUGUACAGUAUGUUAAAUAUGGUUAACAAAAAUUGUCUAUGAAUCUCUUUUUCUGAUAAUAUACUACAGUCAAACUGUAAUUUCCUACAAUCUUUCAACAAAUAAAGCAAAAAUAAAACCUAA